UGAUUCUUUGUUUCCAAGGGAACUUCGAAGAAGACGGCGAACUUCCGGCGUGACUUCAGUUGCUGCUGCUUCACGCUCACAGAUGAGAGAGAGAGAGAGAGAGAGAGAGAGAGAGAGAGAGAGAGAGAUAAAGAGAGACAGAGAGACAGACAGACAUGGAGUUCAACUGAGCAACAAAGUAACGGAUGAGCCGCAGCACUUAAACGGCCGGGCAGGCGGGCGGACGCUGGAAACGAUUCUCCUAGGGAGCGCAGAGGGAGAGAUCGCGGGUUGCAAACGGCGGUUUUAUAAUUGAUCAGCGUGAAGAUGAAGCUCUUGAAGCCGAGUUGGGUCAAUCACAAUGGUAAACCAAUAUUCUCAGUUGAUAUCCAUCCAGAUGGAACUAAGUUUGCUACAGGUGGCCAAGGUGAGGACUCUGGGAAAGUUGUCAUUUGGAAUAUGGCCCCGGUUCUUCGAGAGGAGGAUGAGAAGAAUGAGAAUAUUCCCAAAUUGCUUUGUCAGAUGGACAAUCACUUAGCAUGUGUGAAUUGCGUGCGCUGGUCAAAUAAUGGCUUAUACCUGGCGUCAGGAGGAGACGACAAACUGGUCAUGGUGUGGAAGAGAGCUGCUUUCAUAGGUCCAAGCACAGUGUUUGGGUCCAGCAGUAAACUGGCUAAUGUGGAACAGUGGAGAUGCGUCAUGAUUCUGAGGAACCACACGGGAGAUGUAAUGGAUGUCGCCUGGUCACCUCAUGAUGUCUGGCUCGCGUCCUGCAGUGUGGAUAACACCAUCGUUAUAUGGAACGCUCGAAAAUUUCCAGAGAUUGUGAUGACUUUAAAGGGACACACAGGGCUGGUGAAAGGUCUGACGUGGGACCCAGUUGGAAAGUACAUCGCCUCCCAGGCAGAUGACCAUAGCCUGAAGGUCUGGAGGACCAUGGACUGGCAGAUGGAGACAAACAUCACCAAACCUUUCAGUGAAUGUGGCGGCACCACACAUGUCCUGAGGCUGAGCUGGUCUCCAGAUGGUCAGUACCUGGUUUCAGCUCAUGCCAUGAAUAAUUCUGGGCCCACAGCUCAGAUCAUCGAACGCGAUGGCUGGAAAACCAACAUGGACUUUGUGGGUCAUCGAAAAGCUGUUACUGUGGUGAAGUUCAAUCCUAAGAUCUUUAAGAAGAAACAGAAGAACGGCAGUACUCCCAAACCCAGCUGCCCAUACUGCUGCUGUGCUGUGGGCAGUAAGGACCGCUCACUCUCUGUAUGGCUCACCUCACUUAAGCGCCCACUGGUGGUUAUCCAUGACCUCUUUGAUAAGUCCAUUAUGGAUAUUUCAUGGACACUCAAUGGGCUGGGACUCCUGGUGUGCUCCAUGGAUGGAACUGUGGCUUUCUUGGAUUUCUCGCAGGACGAACUGGGAGAUCCCUUGAAUGAAGAGGAAAAGAAUGCUAUUCAUCAGAACAUCUACGGAAAGAGUCUGGCCAUUACUAUGGAAUCCCACCUUUCCAGCACUAUUAUUGAGAACCCAGAAAUGCUGAAGUAUCAGCAGGAACGGCAGGGGAACCAGAACCCCAAUGGAGCCCAGGGAAGCAGUCAUGAGAACCAGACGCCCAAACUCACCAAUGUGCUCAACGGAGAGUCCCUGGAGGACAUCAGGAAGAACCUCUUAAAGAAGCAGGUGGAGACCAGAACUGCAGAUGGGAGGAGAAGAAUCACACCUCUCUGCAUUGCACAGCUCGACACGGGGGACUUCUCACCAGCAUUGUUCAACAGCGUCCCAAUCUUGCCGGGGUCGUCUGCAUCGACUCAGCUCACCCCUCAGAUCUCUUCGGAUUCCAGUACAGCCAACUCACUUGGCUUGCGACCCUCCCAUGACCCCACCACCACCUCUCCCAACAAAACUGCAGAAGAGAACAAGGACAGUGGACCUGCAGCUGUAAAUUCGAUCGGUAUGAAAUCGAAUCUGCUGUUGACAUCUGCCUCCAAGAUCGAGCCCAUGAAAGCACUGGAUUCACGAUUUACUGAAAGGUCAAAGGCCACGCCAGGGGUCACUAGUGUACCCCUCACUAUAGGCAUCACUCCACUUGACAGGGUAAAAGACAGCAGCUCUGUGAAGGAGCCGAAAGGAAAAGAUGAAACCAGCAGCGAUAGUGAGGACAAGGGCAUGGUGAAAUCGCUAUCUAUGGCCAAGAGGAAGGGAGAGAUGGAGGGAGCAGAGGUGGUAGAAAAGAGGAAGAAGGGAAGGCCACGAAAAGAUGCCAAAAUGAUGAUGCCCAUAUCACAGCCCUUCCCACAGACUCCAGUCUCAGCGGAGAAGGAGCCGUCUCGAUUAACAACACCUGUAGCGGUGUUAAAACUUCCUACCCCAUCCAUACAGAAGUCAUUUAGCACUCAGGUGAGUACAGACGCCAUCACGUAUCUGGAGGUGGAGAACGAGGUCUCGGUGGUGUCUGGAGCUCGUCUCAGUCAGCUCAAAUGGAGCAGAGAGGGGCGAGAGUGGGACAUGCUGCUGACCAGUCGCAUCAUCAUAGCAACCGGGAGCAGCGAUGUUGUUGCUGUAGCAUGCGAGGACCGCACACUCUCUGUCUUCACUACAUGUGGACGGAGACUGAUUCCAUCCAUCAUUCUGUCCGCCCCCAUGUCAGCACUUCAUUGCUCGGGACACUUUGUCAUGGCGCUGAUGGCAUCAGCCACGCUGUCUGUCUGGGAUGUUCAGAAACAGACGGCUUUGGUCAAAAAUGAAUCUCUGAAUCCAAUCUUAUCAGGCACAGACGCUACAGUAAGUCAGUCUUUUUUGACUCAGCAAGGUGUACCUGUGGUUUCGCUGUCAAAUGGCAAAACCUACUGUUUCAACUCCUCACUGGAGACCUGGAAUUUGAUCGCAGAUAAGCAGGACUCUCUUGUACAGUGUGCGGACUUCCGCAAUUGCUUGACCUCUCAGGAUGCUCUGGGCUCCAUGGGGCCACUGGCUCUCACACAGAGCCGUAAUCUAAGUGCGGGGCGGUUGGCAUCUCGCUUUUCAUCGACUCCUCACCACUUGCAGCAGGGAAUGACUCUGGCCUUCUUGGAGAACCAGCUCUCCUCCUCCCUCAUCCUCCUCUCAGCAAGCGAGUACAGACACUGGCUUCUCAUCUACGCACGUUUCCUCGUAAACGAGGGUUAUGAGCAGAGGUUAAGGGAACUAUGUCAGGAUUUACUGGGACCAGUUCACAAAUCCAGUAGCAGCUCCUGGGAGCCGACAGUCCUGGGACUGAGAAAGAGGGAUCUGUUGACAGAGGUGAUGCCUGUGAUUGGUCAAAACUUGCGGUUCCAGAGACUCUUCACUGAGUACCAGGAUCAGCUCGAAUUGCUGCGCUUGAAAUAGCACUUCACCUUUGACUUCCUGAUGUUUCACCCCUGACCCCUUCCUGGCCUGUACAUGUGCUAACAGUCUGCCUUAGCUUUACUGACAGCACUAUCUUAAACGCAGACAUGGACACUAAUUAAAAUGGGCAAAAAUAAUGUUGAUUUUUUUUUUAAAGAAUUAAUUUGAUAAAUACAUUAAUGAAUUAUGUUUGUAAACUUUUUUUUUUUUUUGCUGUUGGUAAGAAAGAGAAAAGGAUGAGUUAACACAUUUUGGGAUAAUUUUGAUCAAGCACAAAGUGUGCAUGGCAGUCAUCUUGAAACUGGACAACUAAAAGUUGCUAUAAGUGGUGAUCCAACUCUCCCUGCCUCCUUUCUUUUUGUCUUUCUCCUUUCAGUUCUUAUUUGUACAUCCACUUGUCAUUUAUUUGUAAAUGUUUGUAAAAGGCAAUUUCUUUUUUUUCUCCGUUUUCUAUAAAAUAAAGAAAAUGGUCAAUCUUCAAUUAAAAAAGGAAUAAUCAAUUUACCAAUUCUAAAAUCUGUUGCUCCUUUCUCUCUCGUGUGUCGUAUGGUGAUUUAUUUGCUGGUGCUACAAACUAACAUCAGGGCACUUUAGUUGGUCCUUAUGUAGUACUACCUUGUUUUGGGCAGGUGGUGGUAGUAGAGAUCUGAUUAUUUCGACAGGGUCCAAAAUAACCACUCUCUAACAAGAAAAAGAGUGUUUGGCUUGAAAAGAAAAGCAUUGUUUGUAAACUUUUUCUAGGAACUGCAACAUGGUUCAAGUCGAUAGAAAUAUAAUCUGAAUCCUGAUGUUAUAAGUGUGAUUGAAAACAAAGAUGUACAUGACUUUUCAAAAGUUUGGGGUCCGUAAGAUUUUAUAAUGUUGAAAGAAGUCUGGAAGUCAGAA